GUUUAUUUUUAUGUUUAUUUCAUCGAGUAUCCCGUGCGUAAUUGUGGAAACUUUGAACCGCCCCCAAAUCUACCGGUGCUCUCCAAGUUGCGCUCCGUUUGCGCUUCUUCUCUGAGAGUUUCUUCAAAAUACCCGAUAAACAAUGAGAACGUAAAAAAGAUAGUUCCACUUUUGAAAGACAUUACUUUCAACGCUCUCUGAGGAUGUCACUCCGAACCAGGGCAGGAUUUUAUCGCCAGGAAAUAAACAGAACCGUUUGGGACGUACCGGAGAGAUACAGAGAUCUCAUUCAGAUAGGAACCGGAGCGUACGGGACGGUCUGUUCAGCCAUUGACCGUAAAACAGGAGUGCGUGUGGCCAUCAAGAAGCUCCACCGGCCGUUCCAGUCCAGACUGUUCGCCAAGCGCGCUUACAGAGAGCUACGACUCCUCAAGCACAUGAAACACGAGAAUGUUAUUGGACUGCUGGAUGUCUUUACCUCGGAAAUCUUAUUGGACAGAUUUCAGGAUUUUUACCUGGCGAUGCCGUUUAUGGGCACUGAUUUGGGAAAGCUGAUGAAGAUGGAGAGACUAUCGGAGGACAGGGUGCAGUUUCUGGUCUAUCAGAUACUGAGGGGUCUGAAGUACAUUCAUUCAGCCGGGAUCAUUCACAGGGAUCUCAAACCAGGAAAUCUGGCAGUGAACCAGGACUGUGAGUUGAAGAUCUUGGACUUUGGCCUCGCACGUCAGGCAGAUUCAGAGAUGACAGGUUAUGUUGUGACGCGCUGGUACAGAGCACCGGAGGUUAUCCUCAACUGGAUGCACUACUCUCAAACAGUUGAUAUCUGGUCAGUGGGCUGCAUCAUGGCGGAGAUGUUGCUGGGAAGGCCACUUUUUAAAGGAAAUGACCAUCUGGACCAGCUGAGAGAGAUCAUGAAAAUCACAGGAACACCGGCACCAGAUUUCAUCAUGAAGCUACAAAGCCAAGACGCCAAAAACUACAUCCGAGGUCUAGCUAAAGUACCAAAGAAAGACUUAAACACUAUUUUCUUUAAAGCCAGCACAGAAGCGGUGAAUGCUCUGGAGCGGAUGCUGGUUCUGGAUCCAGACAAACGCGUGAGUGCUGCAGAGGCGCUUGAGCUCCCGCUCUUCACAGAGUUCAGAGAACCUGAGGAAGAGACGGAGGCCCUGCCUUAUGAUCACUCUAUGGACAACACAGAAAUGCCUCUGGACCAGUGGAAACGUCACACUUUUACAGAGAUCCUGUCAUUCCAGCCAGCCGUUACAGAGAUCAGAGACUCCAAAGAAACAUCCCUCUGAGUGAACACAGAUACACACUAUAUAUAAAAUGCAUAAAUGCAUGUGAAAAGAAGAUGGAAUAAAUGUAAACUAUAUGACAA